CUUAACAGAAAAUAUACUGGAUAACUUGUGUUCGAAAAUGCUGAAUUAUUGCAACGAUAUGGAUUUAAGUGAAUUCAAAUUGAUGUUAUAUCCGUUACCAAGCUUACAUGUAACGAAACGUGUAAACCUUUAGUACGAGAGGUAGUUUUCGAAAGUUGCUGAAUACUGUAAAACACGUGCAUCAUUCAAUAGAUACUAAUAAUAAUGGAAAUAAAACGUAUGCUUGUCAAACUCCAACACUUUGGAAGGACGUGGCUGUUAUUGCUGCUUAUAUUUCUGCGAAAUUCAGAUGCCUACAACUACUAUGGGAGCAACCCUUCCUCUAUUCCAAGAUUUCUGCCCGUCCCCACGAAUAUCACAGUCCACGAGGGUGAGACCGCGCACCUCCGAUGUAGGAUUCAUAAUCUCGGCCCGAAAUUUGUCGUUUGGCGGAAAGCGGAUGAGGAAUCACCUCUGACACUCGGAAAGACGACCUUCACCCCUGACGAAGACAUCGAGGUCCAAAUUGAAAUAAUCAACCCGCAGGAUGUCGAGAACGAGGAGAGCAGAUACGACCUGAUCAUCAAGAACGUAUCUAAGGACCAAGAAGGCAUAUACGCGUGUCAAAUCAGCGCAACAAAUAACUACACGUUCAAUAUAACGUUAAACGUUUUAGAGCCGAUUAAAUAUAUACAAGUGCUUGAAUUGACUGGGACAGAGUACGUAAGCCUUAUGGAAGACAUUCGACUAGUCUGCAACGCCACUGGUGCUGUUCAAGCCCCGGAUUCUGUGGACUGGUUUUUUGAUGAUGAACCCAUUAGCGAAAUGAAGCCCGGACGCGUUCUGUUAUUAAACUGGAAACCAAUGCCCGGAAGGUCAUUGAUAAGUGAACUGGUGAUAAAAAACGUGACCACUGAUGACAGAGGGCAUUACGUCUGUCGGUUGACUAAAACGCUUGCACAGGGGUUUAAAGUCCACGUUCUAAAUGACAAAAAGAAUCAUAAAGAUCCAAAACGAGAUAUGGAAACGGUGAGGUAUUCAUAUAAUACAUAUCAUGACCCUUAUAAAGUGUUGGAAUCACGUGGUAAAAAUGACGCACGUGCGGUUUAUUGGAGCACUAGCUUGCAAACGACACUUACGACAGCAACAUUAUUCUGGACGAUAGCCUUAUCAUAGCAAAAGGUUUCCCAGACCUUCAUAAAAAAAUUGAAGAUAUAUCUAAGACCUGCAUGAGGUUAAAUGUUGUGUUUACUGUGUUCGAAAUAGAGAGUUGAUGACUCUUUGAAUAGCGAUAUUAUUUUUUUGUAUCAGAAAUGUUUA